GCGGCAGCAGCAGGACUCGGCAGCCGUGCCUGGCUUUUCGUCCUCGCACUCUCCGGCUGCCAGUGCCGCCGCGGCUGUGGGGCGAAGGCGAGCCAGCCAGCUAGCCGCGCCGUCCGGCCCUUCCGCCCCGGCUCCGCUCGGCUGGCUUCUCUCGGGCUCCACCCGGACGUCGCUGGUCCCUCGGAGGGGGCCCGCCCCGGGAGCAGGCGGAGCCCCUGACUGAACCGGACGUGCUUGGCGUGGAGCGGCUGUCAUGAUCUCUGCGGCACCUCUCUACAGCGGGGUGCAUAACUGGACGGGCGCUGAGCGGCUUCGCAUGUGCGGCCUCAACGAAGAAAGGGGAGCCCCGCUUUCUGAUGAAGAAUCUGACACCAGUAGUUCCCAGCACUUGGGCUCGCCUGAGUUCUGCAACAGCUUUUCCAAGGUGGAGAUCACAGCAGUUUCGGGAAGCGGCGGGGGUGCCGAAGGGUUUGAGCCGGAGGGCACCGUGGAGGAAGAGCUUGGCCCCCAACUCCAGGAGCAGGCUCACGAGCAGGAUUGUGCUCGGAAGGCCUCGAAGGGCAGCGAUGCCAAUCCUGGCAAGUUUAAGCAGCCAGGACCCCCCAAGCCGGAAGGCUGCAGCCCGGACUGCGCGUGGUCCUCUGCUCAGGAGGCGGCCGAGGGGGCCCUGCUCUGCCCAAAGGCUCCGGAGAGCGAACCGAUGGGGAAGGAGAAGAGCCUCCUGGCGACCAGUGCCUCCGUAAACCCCGUAACAGCGGCCAGCAGCAGCUGCAGCACGUUGGCCCCAGCCCCUGCCACCUACACCUUGAAGAGCGUCUGCUUCUCGACCUCUCAGGCCCCUCCUAUGCAAAAGAUGUCCCUCUCCCUGCCGCCUGGAGCCGUCCUGGCCCCCAGCCAGCCUCUGGUUUACCUGCCUCCCCUUUCCCACACGCUUGGGGUCUCACCCACCCUUGCCCUCCCUGUCUUGUCUUCCUUCCAGCAAGAGCCUUGCCUGUCGGGUCUCCUGGCCCCCUCGGACCUUCGCUCCUAUCCAUACGCCUUCUCUGCAGCCAGGCCGCUGGCUGCCGACCCCAAAGCAGCCUGCGCAGAGGCCAUGCAGCCAGGCGGCCCUCCACCUCCAGGGGAAAACAGCAUCCCUGCAACGCCAGGCGCUGGCCCUCCUGCCAAUAGCCCAGAACUCGCCUCUAGCACCCCUGCGUUGGCAACCCCCUGUGCCAGCGCUGUCCCACUCUCGGGCCCUGCCAGCGUGCUGCCCCGAGGCCCCGAGCGGCUUGCUGCAGGGGUCCUAGCUUCCGUCUCCCCGCUGAAGUCCCCCCCACAGCUGGAGCGCGAGAUGGUCUCCUCCCCCGAGUGCAGCGAGAUGCCCCUCGACCUGUCCUCCAAGUCCAACCGCCAGAAGCUGCCUCCACCCAGCCAGCGCAAGACACCCCCAAUGCCCGUGUUGACCCCGGUGCACCCGGGCGGCAAAGCUCUGCUCACGCCGGUCUUCUCCAAGGGCCAGCGGGUGGCACAGGCCGCGGCCUCCCCCUUCGUUAUCUUCCCAGAGCUCCUGCGCAAUGGAGACCAAGGCGCCUGGGCGAAGAACUCCACGACCUUCAUUGGCACCAUCCCGGGCACCUACAUGGGGGUGGCCAAUCCAGUGCCAGCCUCCAUCUUGUUGAGCAAAGAUUCCGGGUCCGACUUGAGCAGGGACUCCCGCCAUCUCCCGAAGCAGGAGCCCAUCUGCAUCAUUGAUCAGGGGGAGCCCCGGAGCACUGGGCUGCCUUCUGGGAAGAAAGGUGGGGCAGACGGACCGGCUGACCCGACGAGGCGUGCCCCGGCUGCUCCGUUACGCCCCUCCAAGGAGCUGUCCCUUUGGAACCCCAGCCAAGGAGGCGUUUACUCCCGGUGUUCGGUGAACGGGAAGCCGGCAAGCCCUCAACUCCUGCCCAUUGGGUGGUCCCACUAUCACCCAGGUGCUCUGCUUUCCAUUGGCAUCUCGGCAGCCACUCAGCUGCCCCCCAAUCAAGUUGGGCCCUCUAAGACCACUGGCCCCGGUGAACCAGCAGUGUUCCCUGCCGGGCAGCUGGCAGAACCUACCCCGGUGGUCCAAAAGCCCCCCGAAGCCCCCUCCCAGGGCAAGGGUUGUAAGGCAGCCCUACCCAGCACCGAGAGUCCUCUGUGUAUCUCACCAGCUCUCCAGACCAGCCUGCCUGAGGCAAAGGGCUCCAAGGGCCUGGAGCGACGAGAGGCAGAUUCGGCCGCUGAGAGCGCCCUCCCCCCACCCCCACCCGAAGCUCCCCCAGAGGGCUGUGGCCACAAGCGCUCUGGGGACCCCAGCGCUAAGCAUCCGUUCCUGACUGCCCACCUCCCCCACGGCCUGCCCUUAGCAAGCCAGGCGGGCGUUCGGGUCACUGCUGAGUCGGCCUCCCCCACCAAGCACCAGUGCAAAGAGAGGCGGGGAGACCACCCCCGCAACCCACCGGGCAUGGAGGUCCCUCCCCACCCGGUGCAUCAGGUGGACCUCAGCCGGGUCAAGCAGGAGCGGGUGGAGCCCGAAACCCCCUUUGCUUCGGCUACCUGCCUGCAUGCCACGGCUGCCUCGAGGGACCCUCCAAAAGCCAAGCUUAAGGGGACGGUCCACAUCAAAGCAGAGGGAGGCUUCCCCUGCAGAUCCAAACGGCACCACGACGGGCCAGACCGGCCCACCCACAAGAAGCUGAAGAGCCGUGGAGGCGAGGAAUUGGCUUCCCGCAGGACGAGCAGCCAGGCUCCGCACAGCCGCAAGUGGCGGAAGCAUCACAGUGACCUUGGUGAGAUCAAGCACGAGGGCCGGCUGGGCUGCAUGAAGGAGCGGGGCAGCCUCCGUGCCAAGCGCAAGCGCCGGAAGCUGUCGCCAGGCCACCGAGGGCUUGGAUGUGAGGAAGUUUAUGUGGAGAAGAAAGCCAAGAACAAUUUUCGAGACUUCAUCCCUGUUGUGCUAAGCAGCCGGACCCGUAGCCAGUCAGGGAGCGUGGGGGGGUCUUCCACCAACAUGCUAGGGGAGUGUGACGGAGCUGGGGUGGAGAUGGUGCCACUGCUGGAGGAGGGAAACGACGAGGAUGAGGCGCUUUCCCCAAAGCAUCACAGGCUGCGGAAGUCCCACCGCCUGUCCCCCCACUCCAGCUGCAAGGACAGAGGGGAGCGGGGCCGGUCUCGGUCGGAAAGAGGCAUCUUUCACCCGAGCAAGAGCCAGGGGCUGCUCUGGCAGGGAGAGGCCAGCAGGCAGCUGUGGAGCCACAAGGAGGCUGAGGAAGAGAGCAGCCACGCCAAGAGGAAGAAGAGGCGGCGGCAGAAAAGCUGGAAGUACCAGACCGGAGAGUAUCUGAUCGAGAGGGACAAAGGAGAACACUUGAGCUGCUGCCAUAAGCGGCGGAAAUCAAAAGCAGACUUCAGGUACAGGAAGCACAAAAGCUCGGCCCUGGGCAAAGGCUCUGAGCUCUUCUUGAGAAGCAGGCUGUCUCCAACCCUUCAAAGCCACCUGGAUUUCCAGAAUGGGUUCCUCCUGGACCACUCCGAUGUGGCUCCGAUCCAAGAAGGGCUGGAGAAACCUUCCGGAAAACGCAAAUGCAAAACCAAACAUCUGUCGGGCAUCUGCGAAGAGGGGAAGGCCAAGUCCCGCUCUCCAAAGAAAUCCCGGGAGCCCAGCCCAUUUGGCAAAUCUCGGCAGCACGGCUUGGAGAGGGCCCCCGAGACCCCCACGAGUCCACCCGUGCCACCUGAAGCUCGGCGUCUGAUUGUGAACAAAAACGCUGGAGAAACGCUGCUGCAGCGAGCGGCCCGGCUCGGGUACAAGGAUGUGGUGAUGUACUGCCUGCAGAAAGCGAACAACGACGUCAACCACCGGGACAACGCCGGGUACACAGCUCUGCAUGAGGCCUGUGCUCGGGGCUGGGUGGACAUCCUGCAGACGUUGCUGGAACACGGUGCAAAUGUGAACUGCAGCGCGCAAGAUGGUACCAGGCCUGUACAUGAUGCGGUGGCGAAUGACAACCUGAAAAUGUUGUGGCUUCUCCUCUCCUACGGGGCUGACCCAACCUUGGCGACAUAUUCGGGGCAGACGGCCUUGAAGCUCGCCAACAGCGAGGUGAUGAAAACCUUCUUGACUGAUUACCUCUUGGAUCUGCAGGGGCGAGCUGAUGGCGACCCCCAAACUGCCUGGGAUUUUUACAGCAGCUCUGUGCUCGAGGGGAAAGAGGAGAUUGGCUGCGACCUUCUUCUUGACCCUCCUGGGAACUCGGAUCAGGAUGAGGAGGAGCGGGACUCGGACCACUUAAUGUUCGAGUUCUCGGACAAGCCUCUGCUUCCCUGCUACAACCUGCAAGUGUCUGUCUCCCGGGGGCCCUGCAACUGGUUUCUCUUCUCAGACGUCCUGAAGCGUCUGAAGCUCUCGUCCCGCAUCUUCCAAGCUCGCUUCCCGCACUUUGAGGUGACAACUCUGCCCAAAGUAGAGUUCCAGCACCAGGUCUCACUGAGCCAGGUCCUGGCUCCAGAAGAAAUCCAGGAACACGUGUCCCCCCUUGCGGCUCCGGGGGCCGUAGAGACAGUAGAGCUGGUCCGCUACCAGCCGGAGCUGGUCAGGCUGCUGGGCUCAGAAGUGGCUUCUGAAGCCUGGAGCAGCUGACGGGGCCGGCCUGCUGGAGAACCCCCUCUGCCGUCAGACCGCAUCACGAGGCAAUAAUGGACCAACAAGGCUGCCUUCCGAGGCCAGAGGGGGGGCGCUGCCCUCAGCCCUUCUACUGACUUGCAGCAGCUGGUUGCUCUCCUCCCGUGGGGGGAGGGCCAGACGCUGCCUCUUCCCUGGCCCUGGACUCGAAGCUCGCUGCCCCCCCUUCCUGCAGGCCUUGGUGGUUUUGAAGUGGAACGCAUCUCCCCCCCACCCCACUAAACCCUGCCCCAAGUUCU